UGGUGUCUUCCCCGGCCCCGGUUAGUGAGAGGACUGGCACCCGGGCCUCGGGUAGCUCUGCGCUGCCACCUGCCGGCUUCGGGAGCUCGGAGGCGGAAAAAAAAACAAAACACCGAGGAAACGGGGGUUGGCCUUGUGAUGUCAGCGUAGUACGGGCCUAGCCGCCGUGCAGUGGGUGCGCUUUGCGGCACUGCUGUGCUGUGAAUGAAUGUGGAAUCUGUGACGGAGCCUCCAAGCGCAGAUGUGAACACAGCCUCAGGAUGUGAACAAGAACAUCGUCAUUCACUGGCAGCAAACAGAGCUCUUUACAGUACAAAGAAUAGCAGAAAAUAGAUACCCUUUUCGUUACUCACUGGUGAAUGCCUGGCGGAACGUCUCUAUGUCAGUGGGAGCUGUGGGUUUUCCAGUUGCCAACAUGAGUGAGUUAAAGGAUUGCCCGCUGCAGUUCCACGAGUUCAAAUCAGUGGACCAUGUGAAGCUGUGCCCCCGGUACACGGCCGUGCUCUCCCGCUCGGAAGAUGACGGCAUCGGCAUUGAGGAGCUUGACACACUUCAGCUAGAAUUAGAAACCCUGCUGUCCUCCGCCAGCCGUCGACUUCGGGUUUUGGAAGCAGAGACGCAGAUCCUCACAGACUGGCAGGAUAAGAAAGGAGACCGGAGGAUUUUGAAGCUUGGAAAGGAGCACGAGCCCGGUACACCCGUGAAACAUAAACCCAAAAAGCCAAAGCUGGAAAGUAAAGCAAGUCACGCGUCCAGUACCGGCCCUGGAAGACCCAAAUCCAGAAACUUGCAGACAAAAAUCCAGGAAUAUGAGUUCACAGAUGAUCCAGUGGAUGUUCCCCGAAUACCCAAAAAUGAUGCCCCGAACAGAUUUUGGGCUUCCGUUGAACCGUACUGCGCAGACAUAACAGCAGAAGAGAUCAAAGUUCUGGAGGAUCUUCUCAAGACGCCAGAGGAUGAGGCCGACUACUACAAGAUUCCACCUCUGGGGAAACAUUACUCCCAGCGCUGGGCUCAGGAGGACCUACAGGAGGAACAGAAAGAUGGAGCCAGGGCCUCUAUGGCAGGGGACAAGAAGAAAGGACCUCUGGGACCACUAACCGAGCUGGACUCCAAAGGUAAUGUGGAUUCCAUGCUGAAGAAGUCUGAAUCCCAACACGACCAGCCGGAGGACGGCUGCCCAUUUGGUCACCUGACCCAGCGUCUACUGCAGGCUCUUGUUGAGGAAAACAUUAUUUCACCAAUUGAAGAUUCCCCUAUUCCUGAGAUAUCCGGGAAGGAGUCGGGAACUGACGGAGCCAGUACGUCGCCCCGAAGUCAGAUGAAACCAUUCAGUGCCCCGCAUACAAAGUCAUUAGAAGUCCGAAUUAAGGAAGAGCUGAUCGCGCAAGGUCUGCUGGAGUCUGAGGAUCGGCCAGCGGAGGAUUCUGAGGAUGAGGUGUUGGCCGAGCUCCGCAAGAGACAGGCCGAGCUGAAGGCUCUCAGCGCUCACAACCGGGCCAAGAAGCAGGAGCUGCUGAGAUUAGCAAAAGAAGAGAUGAAUAAGCAGGAGCUUCGGCACAGGGUACGGAUGGCCGACAACGAGGUUAUGGACGCUUUCAGGAAGAUCAUGGCCGCACGGCAGAAAAAAAGGACUCCGACCAAAAAGGAGAAGGACCAGGCUUGGAAGGCUCUGAAGGAAAGAGAAAGCAUAUUAAAACUGUUAGAUGGGUGACCGGAGGGGGGGGCGUCUUUUAUGUACUUGAAAAACCAGCCUCUCUGCCAUUGUGGACGUGUAACGUGUCGGUGUCUCGAAGAAGAAGGAACUUUUACAAAUGUUUCUGUUUUAUUUUUUUGUGUUAUUUUAUUGUGCCCAUGUUUGUUCUAUAUUUUUUUUUAAUAUUGAUCUGUAUGUGAUGAGAAUAUUUUCCAAAACUUGGUAAAAUAAAACGAUUCACGGCA